GUGUCACUCUGCGGUGCUCAAUGCAUGUGUUCUUAAUGUUUGUUAUUCUCGUUACAUGUAGCUGACCCGCCGAAUCACACCUUAACGCCGAGUGUGUGUUUUCUGUUGACCACAGAAAAAAAAGAGCCUGAGCCAUGAAUCCUGUCUUUCGAAAGUUGCAGGCGGCGGUCACACAGCAGGCAUUAGUGUUAAAUCAAGCCCUGACAUUAUGCCGGGCCACUGCAUCCAUCCAGCAUCCUGUUUGGGCUUCUGUAAAUGAAAGACAGUACAGAAGCAUGCCAACCCACGGGAUUGGGAGGUGGAAAUAUCUUUUACCUAAAGAAGCGCCAAAGAGAAGGAGAGACAGACACCAGAUGAAACCGAUCAUCCCAGCGAGCAACACGGCGUACGGGACUCUGAAUGUGAAGGCGUCGGGUUAUGACAUGACAGUGGUGGAGCACUACACCCAGCACAUCCACAACCUCUGCAACCGGCUGGGCAUCAACGUGCAAGAAAGCUAUGCUCUGCCAACCAAGGCCACAGAGGUCAUGCUAAUGCAAGAGAAAGGCACCAAGAUGUAUGUUGAUUCCAUCCUCAAGACUCAUGAGCGGGUCAUCCAGCUGAGCAACCUGAGCACCGCGUUGUGUCCCGUUUUCAUGGAAGUUCUUCUAAGCAAUCAACCAGAGGGAGUUCAGCUGUCUCUGAGCGAGCACACUGAAGCCGAUUACCACGCUCGGUUCAAGGCCCGCCCAGAGGUGGAGGAGAUCAUGGCUCAGAUUAACCAGUAGGACCACGUGGACCAUAGACGUUAAACCUCGCCAGCUAGGAAUACCUGUUUGAUUCUGUGUAUUUAUUCCUUGGCAUUCCUUGACUGAAUGCUGUCAAAGGUGAUCAUUUGCAUUAAAAUAACUGUACACAUUCAUAUUUGACGAGCUCUGGAAAAUAAAACCCUGCUUGUUGUUUCCAA